UCUGCGGCUCUGCGUGACGAGCGGACAGGUUUUCGUUAGACAAACACACACUGUGUUCCUUUCUGCUGUUUGUUUGCGCACAAACAGUUUUUUCUGCUCCUGCAGCAAUUUGCAUUCACCUCUAAUGAAGUCAGCGCGGAUCCACAGGAGCGUCACUCAAAUGCGGAUUUUUAAGCUAAAAACCCCGAAGAGGAGCUGAGGAAGAGGGAGAACGUCCUGGGCAGGUUCCCGAACCCUGACCCCAACCUGACCCUAACCUGACCCUGACCCAUAACAUGAUCAUUUAAACAGGGAAACUAAAAGCUGCAGUUCGGGGUACAGAUGGAGUCGAUGACUGGACUUCUGCUUCUUCUGCUUCUUCUUAUCGCAGAAUGCGUUCAAGGGGCCUUUGUGGAGCCUCUGCAGCCCAACACCGACCUCAUGGGGUUGACUGACACCCAGACCAGACUCCCCUGCUGGUACCAGCCGGAGGAGAACCAGAGGAUGGUGCAGGUCUCCUGGGAAAAGGUGUUCCCAAAUGGAACCAGCAAGCCGAUCAUCGCGGCCCACUUCACUGAAGGGAUUAUCGGUCUUGAGAAUCGUAAAGAAGUGAGGUUUGAGACCUUCAACCCAAUUUCUGAGAGCUCAGCUCUGCUCCUCCAGGUCACAAAGGUGUCAGACGCCGGCGUCUACCGGUGCCACAUCGCCACCCAUCCCCAGGGAAGCUUCGACAGGACCAUCAGGCUCACCGUGUGGAUGCUACCCAUCUCCUCCGUGGAAUCGGAGAACCUGGUGGAAGGCCAGGUGUUCGGCCUUGCCGCCACCUGUCGGGCCGUGGGCUACCCCAAACCCUGGCUGUCCUGGGACACCGAGCUGCCCGGCCAGACCAAGAACCACACCGGGGAAGACGGGAAAGCGUUCAUCCAGUACUGGCUCCACCCGCUGCGCAGCAUGAACGGCAAGAAGCUGGACUGCUUGGUGUGGCAUCCCAGCUUGAAGGAACCCCGCAGGAUAGCGAACCCACUGGUGGUCCAGUACCCCCCAGAUCCCAAGAUCUCCAGUUCUCCCAGUGACUGGCAUGUUGGUUUGCAGAAGGCCGAGCUGGUGUGCGAAGGCAAGGGAAACCCAACACCCGAGAACGUCAUCUGGACUCGGAAAGAAGGAGCUCUGCCAGACGGGGUGUCUGUCAAAGGAGAAAAGCUCAUUUUCGGACGGCCCGUCCAGUUGAAUGACAGUGGGACUUAUGAGUGCGCGGUCAAGAACGCUGUAGGAUCUGAAAAAACAGAGUUUAUUUUGAAGAUAUCAGAGCUGCCUAUCCUGCAGCAAAGCCUGCUGCUGAUUGUUAUUUGUGCCGUGGCCGGCGCUUUGGUUCUGCUGCUGCUCAUCGUGUUUCUGGUCCUCAAACGCCGCCAUCUGAGAAAAACCAAAAAGCUGAAGAUGGAGCUCCGGGAAACAAAGGAAGAAAUUAACUCUCUCUCGAGACAAGCCUCCUUCAGGAGACUGAACUCAACAGGCUCAAUUUCACGAAUUCAGCCUGAAGAUUAUGCCUUACUCAGAGUCGACAGCCACACAAAAUACAGCCAAAUGUCUCUGGAGCGGCCCCACUAUCAGGGCAGCCAGUCCACUCUGGGUGGGAGGUGGGGACCGCCAGCAGAGGUGCCGCGGGAUGAAUACGGGCGUCCCGUCGUCUGGACCGAUGACAGACAGUGUCUGAGAGCCGCAGAGAUGAACAGGGAGAAGGAGGAGCGCAGGAAACGGGUGGAGUCGUUCGUGAAGAACAGCAACAUGUCGCUGGAUUCAGGCCUUCCUGCCUCGCUGGUUCCCCUCAAGGUCCAGCAGGACGAUGGCAACGGUCAUAAGGAGCCUGACUUGGGUCACCUACAGGAAGACGACACUUCCCCAGGCGACGACUCGGUCGUUGAAUCCUCCACAACGGAGGAACACGAGGAAGACGAAGGAAGGAGUCGGCAUUGUCUUCAGGGAACGCUCAGUAAAAUGUUUUAUGAAAGCAAUGGGGUCCUCAGGCCCAAAGAGAAUCCCAACGCCAUUUUCCUGCCGAGCCAAAAUUAUUACAAACCACAGCUUAUCUAAACCUCUGACUUUCUUCCAUAAUUGGAAAUGAGAAAAGCCUGUCAGCAAUUUAGCUCUGACAGAGACUUUUAUUUUGAAAAACAAAGUAUGUAAUUACUAUGGACAGAAAAAAAAAGACAAUUUUAUUUGUUUAUUUGACCUCCUGAACUUCUAUUUUUACUUCAUAAUAACAGGAACCUUUUUAAACAUUUUUGGGAUAUUUUUGGGCCAUUUAUUAAAAGAAAAGCGCUUACUCGACUCUGGAAUCGUCGAAUCUUGGAAGAUCUACAGAGACUUCACUGACUGAACGCUUUUCCUCGGACUAAACAUCAAGUCAUCUGAACGAGAACUCCCACUGUCAUCAAGAAAUCUUACAAACCUCAGUUUCUCUGGCUUUACAUUACAAACUUGAACUGGAUUAUUCUACAGAGAUAAAAGAUUAUUAAAACAGAUUUAUUAUAUGUUUACUGACACAUUGUACUGAACAUGUUAAAGUGCAUGGUUUCCCCUAGAAAGCCUGUUAGGGUUAAUGCUGGUGGUACUGGUACUAGAGCAGCCAAUCGGAAGCCCAUCGUGUUUUGUGUUUAAAAAAAUGUUUAAUCACUAAAUUUUAGAGGUCCUUGAGUCGGGAUCACAAUUUGAAAAUGACAGCAUGAGGCCAACCGGUAGGUGUAGGAAUGGCACAAUUGGUGCGUCCAGUUCAAUGCGCCAGCUACAAACCUAGCUUGAUUUGUCUAUACUGUCAACGACACAUGUACAUGAAAAACAAAUUUAAAAUAAACAAAUUAUAAGCCUGGUGGCCUGCCAGGCUUAUAAUACAGCAGGGAAGCCUUGCAGUGCCUUAGUGCCUGAAAUGCAAUAUUAGUGUGUAUUUCUACUAACUAACCUUGUCAUCAGUGGUCGUUUAUGUGAGAUAAAUGGCUCUCUGCCCAGGGCGCCAUGCCACCAUGGGGCAUCACUGACACUCCAGAGAGACUAAAGAAACAGUUAUGUCAGUUUUACCCCCAACAAGUUUUUUAAUGAUUAUUUUCAUGUUUAGUUAAUGGGAAUUGGACUGCUACAUCUAGCUAGCGUUAAAUCUAUUUUUUACUUAAGUCUUUGCAUCAAAAUGAAAAUGAAGCUAAUAAUUGGUGGAAUUUAUGUAAAUAAAAUAAAAUAAAAUAAUAAUAAUAAUAUAUAUAUACAGUAAUUUUAGCAGCAGUUGGAGUAAUUAUUGCUUUUCUGUUUCAAACUAAAACAGAGACAAUGUUUUACGUUUCUGAGUAAAUACUCAGAUAUGAUAAUCUCAUGCUGGCCCAAGCCUAUAGAGGAGUUUACUAUAUUUAAUCUUACAUAUUCUGUUUUUCAAUGUACAUAUUUUUGCUAGAUUUAUAUGUUCUUUAAUGUUUUUCUACGGGUCAAACAGGUUUUGCAGCUCGACAAAUUUAACUCAUUAAAAUGUCUCUUGAUUUAUGUACAGGAUGCAUUUUCCCCUGCAGAAUAAAAGCAGUGUUUACUGUC